AUGUUGACACCAAACAUUCUUGCAGGUUUAACUCCAGUACCAGGUGGCGGAGGCGUCACACCUAUAACACCAGUCAACUUUUUGGACAUUGAGUCUUUGUACCCGAUGCUUCAUGAUCCUGCCACGCUGAACUUGACAAACACUGGACUGGAAAGAUGUGACUCAAUAUUGCUUAAUGACACAUAUAACUUUAGUUACAAGGCUGUCAAUUGUAUAUCUGGAACUUGCGAUCCAAUCAUAAGGUCGAUCGUCAGCCAGUUCACUCCACCAAUACUACCAUUAUGCAAUGGUACCACAACAAUGGAGAACAUCACCUAUGUCAGCAAGUUCAACACAGACAUGAAGGAAUUCUCUAUUGUGGCAACACAACAAACUACAUGGAAUGAUUCCCUGGUGGAGACCUAUGCCCCCACCUGCCACGUCUUCAUGACCACCAUCCUGAGCGCAGACAUUCGCUACCAGGGCAUAUACGAGUAUGUCCCGUCCGGCCCCAUCGAAGUGAAGGCCAAAUACAGCCUCUCAAACAGCCUGUUGUCAUUGCCCACCCCUGGCUCCGGCUCUGGCUCCAGCCCCAGGUCACGCGGCACCAAGUUCUUCCACAACAUCGAACACUUGUACAGCUACCCCAGUGGCGACAUUGGCUACAGGAGUCAGCUGGUCCAGACCUUCCCAAUGGGCGGCAAGUCAGCCAUCCCAUUCCCCAUCACCCAGUGUCCGGCCCCACCAGUCCCAACGCCAUUCGCCAACAACGCCGACUCGUACAUCAUCGACAUCGACCAGGAGCCCUACUCCUUGUUGGGCUUUGGAUAUACCAAACCGCUGGGAUCAUUCCGCAUUGACACCGUGCCCAAGGACAUUGUGCCCCUGUGGUCUGGCGCCACCAAUCACUCAAAAUACAUCUACGCCGCACUCGUGCCCAGCUCAUUCAGCAAGCCCACUUUCUCAGUCAGCACAUGCCUGCACUACACAAACAUGACCAACAAUAACCCGGCACCCACAGACAACAGUGGCGCCAACUUUGUCGACAAGAUAACGCCCACGCUGGGCAACGCCGACCCCUUGCGCACCUACCCCAGCCUGCGCGGAGCCGGCAACACGCUGUUUGUGUACUCGGUCAACUUCACGGCGGGCUUUGAGAAACAGGUGGCCGAGAUCCAGAUCUACGACGAGCUCAAGGCCCGCAUGAUAGUGUCGUUCAAGGAGUCGUUCGACAGCUCGUUCACCCGCGCCUUUUCCUGGCCCUAUGACUGCUACCUGAACAUCGGCUCGUGUUCAUUCUACUCCAUGGUCUUCACAACGGGUCGCCAGGUGUUCAGGUCCGCCUCCGUCCUGAUGGUGAUACCACCCCAGCACACAGUCACCUUCCCAUCCAUCUCCAAUGGCUUCGUGACAAAGUUGAACAACCUUAUAUUGCCAGAUUUGUCAAUGACUGGUGUGAUGAUCAAUGAGCAACCAGUCACUCAACAACUCACCGUUGGCAUUACAUCACUGUUUGGAAAUAUUGUUGCCACGAAGGAUCUCCAAUACCCAGACUACUUCUCUGGAUCACUCAAGCAAGUGACCUUCAAGCCACCCUUCACCUUCCCAUCAGACAUGCCCACCGCUGACUUUAACAUCAACGGUGCCAAUCAACAAGUCUACUCAACACCAAACCGAGAUAUUGCAAACCUGGACCUCACGUCACCAUUUGUCCGCGUCAAGAUGCUUCCACCAUCGUCCUCGAUCAAGAAGUAUAGAUUGUUGGUGACAAUGAAUGAUGAUGUUGGAAUUGGAGAGAAUACUUGUAGCGUGACAGUUGGCGAUGUGGCUAAUAAUGGUGCCGUGUACUGGAUCAACUCUGGAUCAAGGGCAUCAGGCAAUCACUCAGUUGGCACCUACAUCAUACCCAUUGAGUACUCGGAGGCACACUUCUGCCACUCACCAAUCACUCUUACCUGUGCUGAUAUCCGUGGCACCACCCUGUCUGCCAAGUCCAAUGAGUAUUGUGGCAACGCGCCCUGCAAUGACAUCACGCAGAUCUUUAGCGACAUCCCGACUUGCAAUCCAUCCGUGACGCCCGUGUACCGUACCCGUCUGUCAUACUUUGGCUACUCAUUCAAUGGCAGCGACUCUAUCAACAUCAACGUAGUCGUGUCUGGCACCAGUACAUUCAAUAGCGGCACAGUGUGUCUGUUUGAGGACUUUGACAACAAGAUACCCACCAACGGCACUGGCUCUGGUGGUGACACUCAAUCAUGUACAACACUCCAAAGAUCUUCCAUUGUAUUAAAUCCUGGAACGAUCGUGCUCAGAGGCACAAUCAUAAUUCCCCGACUCAAUGUGACCAAGACCUACUUCUUUGGUCUGCAGUACAGCAUCGAUCAAGCACAGCCCACGAUCACAUUGUCAUCGCGCGAGAUUGCCUAUUUUGGAAACAAUGUGGCACAAGGACUCCAAACCUAUGCAAACAAUCGCGUCACAAUCAGAAACGUAGGAUACCAGCCAUUCCCAACCGACGUCAUUGUGAACAUUAUCCAAGAGGCAGCGCCAGGCACAAUCACCAUCCAGGUUAGCAAGCAGGAUACCGGUCGCGUGGACCGUCUCAAGAACGCGACGUUUGUGAUCCGCGACGACUUCAACCCUCAGCCCCUCGAGGUUGUCUCAGUGACCUACAAUCCACAAACAAUACUGCCCUACAACGUGACCACGCUGGUCACAUGGGGCAACAACGUCCAUGUCUACGUGUCGUCCAUGUGUGACUUUAACGAUAACUGCGAGGAAUAUCCCCUGUUUGGAUACUUCGCCUUCAUCAAGAUCACGGCGACCCGUCCCGAUGUCGUGAUAGCCAACACGCUGAACAAUCCAUCGAUCAGAUUCAGCAACAUGACGAUCGAUGUCUUUGCGGAACAGGCGGUCAAGUUCAACGUAUCGCUCGCGCCAACCAACACCAUGGAGUGCUCUCUCAACCCAAUCCUAUACAUCACAGAGAUUGGAUCGUUGGACUUCAUUAAGUUCAAGGUGAGCGACUGCAACAAGGUUGGCGGCACAUUCUUCUACACUGGAGAAAUGAAGUUGCCACGCUCUUGGGGUCUGCGUGGCAUCACGGCCUCUUUCUGGAACGUUGUUGACAAGUAUGGUUACACGACUGGAUUCCACAGUGGUGAGGUUAUGCCAACGAUCAUUAUGGGACAAGUUGUUCAUGUGGACGAGUCUGUAUUGGAUUAUUAUUACAAGACAAUCAAUAUCACUGGAGAGGGAUUGGUCGGUGCUCAGUUUAUGCUCAACAAUCAGCUGGUUACACCAACAUUCCCUGAUCCCAACACUGCCAUCAUCCCAUUCGGUGCCUUCCAGCCCUUCCUUGACAAAGACAACCACAUCACCAUCAAUAACGUCGAAUACGUCCUUGACUUCUUCUACUGUGACUCAUUCGAUUGUAGUGGACAUGGUACAUGUAUUGAGGAAACAUGUCAUUGCAACUUACCAUGGAGCGGUGAGGAUUGUUCGAUCAACAAGAACUACACAUGCCCAGAGAACUGUAAUGGUAAUGGUGAUUGUGUUGAUCAGAACUGCAUGUGCCAUAAUGGUCACGCAGGUCCAACUUGUAAACUAGACUUGGAGGAGGUCGAUGUGGACAUGGACUACAACGAAGAUAUGUCCACGGCCAUCCUGGGCGUGUCCAAGGUCAAUGACACAAAGCUCACCCAAGACACAAAGUCCGUUUCCUACAACAUAUCCAUUGUUGCCAUUCAAGAGAUGAGCUAUGAUGACUCGGUGGCCAACAACAUCACAUUGGAUUGGAAGUUGGCAUCGACCACUGCCAACUCGACCAAGUACACAAUCACCAACAUGAAGGGACAACACGCAUCCAACACAAUCACAUUGACAAUUGACAAGUUCAUGGCGGGUGGACAGACGGUGUGGGCCAACAAGACACUCAACUUCCAGCCCAACACAAUCAAGUACACAGUGAGCUUUGAUGGAUAUAACUUCACCAGUCAGCUCAACUACAUCCAGAUCAUAUUCCAGACAGUGUCCAUGGGUGAAUGUACCCAACAACAGAAUGAGAACAUCACAUGGGGUGCAGCAUCACUUCAAGACAUGCAUUACUUUGUCAUCCCACAACAUCAGAUGCAAUGCUAUGGCAGAUUCCCAACAUCUGUCAUCUCAGAUGGUCGUGUGAUGUCCAUCUCCAACAAGAUUAUCUCUGCCGCGGAGCCCGUGCAGAUCGCCACCGCCGUGCCAUUCUUCAAGAAGUCGGCCGCGAUUGAUCCAGACUUCUCCGUGUUGGUGUCAUACAAUCAAGCCAAUAGCAAUGCCGGCAAGUGCUCUGGAAAGAGUGAUGACGGCAGGAAACCCUACGUCAUCCCACUGAUCGUCGUUGGCUGUGUGAUCUUCGUAGCAGUCGUAGGAGUUGUACUAUACAUGGCAUUGAAGAGGAACAUCUAUGUGCGCCACAGACUGCACUUGAUGCGUACCAAGAGUAACCUUGGCUCCACCAAACGACUGGACAAACUGUAG